GAGACAGACUUUUUUCUCUCUAAUUCUUCGCUGAAGUGUUUGUUGUGAAAGACAUUUGAAGACAUUGUUGUUAUUAUUAUUGAUAUAUAUUUACAUAAAUUUUUUUGUUUCAAAUCAUUGCUCACACCAUAUGAUCCAUUGAUUUGAUUGUUAUAUUUGGUGAUAAUUUUUGUGCCACAAAAUAAAAAAUAUCGCAAAACAGUCUUCCAAAGGAAAAUCACAACAAAAACAAAGAAAUUUGUUAUCAAAUAAAACAUAAAAAUCCAAAUCUUUUGUGCUAUUGAUUAGCGUUUGAAUUAAUUGUCCAAAAAAAUUACACUUCAAUUGUUGUUGGGAUCUGAUUGAGUGAUUCACACCAUUGAUUACAAACAGUGAUGGCAGACAACGACGACCAAAACGAAGAGUUGCCGAAAGGCUGGGAGAAACGGGUCAGCCGUAGUACUGGACAAGUCUAUUAUCUUAAUAUCUAUACCAAAGAGAGUCAAUGGGAUCGACCGACAGACGAGGCCAGCAGUAAAGACAACGAAAAGAUUCGGUGUUCGCAUCUGUUGGUCAAACAUACGGAAAGUCGGCGGCCGUCGUCGUGGAGAGAGGAGAAGAUUACCAGAAGUAAAGAGGAAGCCAUCGAAUUGGUGGCUGAAUAUCGCAAACAGAUAGAGACCGGACAGACAACGCUCGAAGACUUGGCCCAAGAGGUGUCCGAUUGUUCGUCGGCCAAAAAGGGCGGAGAUUUGGGUUAUUUUACUCGCGGAGCGAUGCAAAAGCCGUUCGAGGACUCGGCGUUUGCUCUAAAAAUGGGUCAAAUGUCUGAUUUGGUUGAAACCGAUUCGGGAGUUCAUAUCAUAUUGAGAACCGCUUAAAAUGGGUUUUCAUUGAUUUUUAUGUGCUUUUAAUGAUUAAUAUAUUAAUUAAUGGCUUAUCUUUUAAUUUUGUUAUUUUUUAAAUUAAAUGUUUUCUUAUCUCAAUUAAAUCUCAGAUAUA